CCUCAGUAAUAGUGGAUACACAAACAUCUAAAACUGUGAGGACGGUGGUGGAUUAAUAUGACCCUGUUUCACGCAGAACACAGUGGAUUAUGGCUCAAAACACAAAACGUGGAUUUUUUUUUUCAAGAAUGGGAUUUUACCGUGUCACAUUGAGAGGAACUUGAGGAUUAAAAGGUGUCCAAGCUCGUUCUGACAGAAACCCAGAGAGAGAGAGAGAGAGAGAGAGAGAGAGAGAGGUCAUCGCAGUUAAAUCUGUCGAUGAAGUAACUUUUAUCAUCUCAUUCAAGCCUUGCAGUGUUCUAGCAGGAGCUGCAUGUCCUGGCAGGGCUGAGCGAGAGCAGUGAGAAUGGCGAAAAUCUGCACCGAAGAGUCGUACCCAUCAGUUCGAGACAUGGACGAUGAAGUGGACCGAACUGAUAAUGGUGCCAGCAGGAUACAUUCUAUAUGUGAAGACACUACCUCUGAUAUGCAAGGAAUCAAUUCCACAGCAACCAGUCAGCUUCAGGAGUCUCGCAGAAGCUCGUUCACAGGUGCUGGGGCCAUGGCCAGGCUCUCCCACUUCCUGUUUAUGCUGCGGAACUGGGCGUCACAUAGGCUGCAGCGUGAGGUCGAGCGGCCCGACUCCUUCUUAGAGCGAUUCCGUGGGCCUGAACUCAAAGAUAUUUCAAGCCGGGGCAGCUAUGCCCACUCCUCCUUAGGGCACCCUGACAGGCCUCAUAAGAGGAAAAAUACCAGUCAAUGGCCUCUAGCUGUGUACAAUGUGAACAACUGCAACAACACAGAUGAUAAAGAAUUUGCUUCACUUGAUAAAAAUACAAUUAUUACCUUUAGCAAAAAAGAGGAAAAAAAGAAAGAUGAGAAAAAAGAGGAAGAGAAAAAAGAUGGAGACAAGGAGGAGAAAAAGGAGGAGAAAAAGGAUGAGAAAAAGGAUGAAAAGAAGGAUGAAAAGAAAGAUGACAAGAAAGAUGACAAGAAAGAUGACAAGAAGAACGAUAAGGAUGAUAAAAAGAAAGAGCCACUGAAAGAGGUGUGGAUCAUGGACCCGGCCGCAGACACAUAUUAUCGAUGGCUAACAGUAAUAGCAGCGCCAGUAUUUUACAACCUGAUGAUGAUCGUAACAAGGGCCUGUUUCAAUGAGCUACAGUCCACAUACACAAUCCUGUGGAUCAUUCUGGACUACACUGCAGAUUUUAUCUACUACACAGAUACAUUUGUAAGAUCAAGAACAGGUUUCCUGGAGCAAGGCCUUCUGGUUAAAGAUGGCAAGAAGUUGAUGGACCACUAUAGAACAACCUCACAGUUCAAAUAUGACAUGAUGUCAAUGAUUCCAACUGAUAUUUUUAUGCUGAAGGUGGGAUAUGACAACCCAGAACUGCGGUUCAAUCGCCUUUUUAAAAUGUCAAGGCUCUUUGAGUUCUUUGACCGCACAGAGACCAGAACAAACUAUCCCAAUAUUUUCCGUAUCAGCAACCUCGUUCUUUACAUCUUGAUCAUUAUCCACUGGAAUGCCUGCAUCUUCUACGCCAUUUCUAAAACCAUUGGCUUCGGCACCGACACAUGGGUAUACCCCAACAUUAGCCAUCCUGAAUACGGACGCCUGGCUAGAAAAUACAUCUACUGUCUGUACUGGUCCACUCUCACCCUGACCACCAUUGGAGAAACCCCCCCUCCUGUCAGAGAUGUUGAGUAUCUGUUUGUUGUUGCUGACUUCCUCAUUGGGGUGCUGAUUUUUGCUACUAUCGUUGGUAAUGUUGGUGCAAUGAUCUCCAACAUGAACGCCUCCCGCGCUGAGUUUCAGGCCAAGAUAGACUCCAUCAAGCAAUACAUGCAGUUCCGUAAAGUCUCCAAAGACCUGGAGGCCAGGGUCAUCAAGUGGUUUGACUACCUCUGGACAGAAAAGAAAACCUGCGAUGAAAAGGAGGUUUUGAAGAACCUUCCAGACAAGCUUAAGGCUGAGAUUGCCAUCAACGUCCAUCUGGAUACGCUGAAGAAGGUGCGGAUUUUCCAGGAUUGUGAAGCUGGACUGCUUAUCGAAUUGGUACUCAAACUGCAGCCUCAAGUGUUCAGCCCUGGAGACUACAUCUGCAAGAAGGGGGACAUUGGAAGAGAGAUGUACAUCAUCAAGGAAGGGAAGCUUGCUGUGGUGGCUGAUGAUGGCAUCACACAGUUCGUAGUACUCAGUGAUGGAGCUUACUUUGGAGAAAUCAGUAUCCUCGGCAUCAAGGGCAGUAAAGCUGGGAACAGACGGACGGCUAACAUCCGGAGUGUGGGCUACUCCGACCUGUUUGCCCUUUCCAAAGACGACCUCAUGGAAGCACUUACAGAGUAUCCUGAGGCCAAAAAGGCCCUGGAAGAGAAAGGGAAGGCCAUCUUGAUGAAAGACAACCUGAUAGACGAAUCAGUGGCCAACGCAGGGGCUGACCCCAAAGACCUGGAGGAAAAGAUUUUGCGGCUGGAGAGCAAUCUUGACCUCAUGUCCACCAAGUUUGGCAAACUCAUGGCAGAAUACACGUCCUACCAGACCAAGAUCAAGCAAAGGCUCUCCAACAUGGAGAGCAAAGUGAAAACACUGCGGGCAGAAGAUCUGUCUGAAGUGGUCGAAGACAAACAGGAAGAGAAGAAAACAAAAUAGAUACAGUCUACAAAACACAGGAUGUGAAUGGAUAUAGCACAGACAAUGGGCUUAAGGGUUUCUCUCUUUUUUUUAUAUGUAAAUAUUUUCAAGUAUAGGCAGCACACUACUUUAAACUCUUUAUACAUUUUGUUUAUAAAUGUCCGAUGUGUGCUUCUAUUACGUACUAUUACUUUUAUGCAUCAUAAAGUUUAAGUAUUUUGAGUUGAAUUCAUGUGCAUAUAUAUAUAUAUAUAUAUUCUCAUUGUAAACAUUGUUUCUUAUAUGAUGUUUUUCCUUGUAAUCAGACAGUGUGGGUCUGCAAGCAACAUUCAAGGACUUCUUUAUCCUUCAGAGUAUGUAAUGUCUACUGCAUAAGGGUCUUUUUUUAAUCUGUAGGGACAUUUCAGGAUGCUGCAACUACGCUUAAAGAAUUUGACAAGUACUGAA